AUGACUGCGGCCGGAGUCUCUCCGUCAAGCUCCCCGCGGCUUCCCAGUCCUCCUCCAUUUACUGAAGUUCAGUUUGGGACUCAGUCGCCGUCAGUUGGCGAGUCAUUUGGCAAAGACGCAGACCUACUUGGUGUUGCGAUGGGAGAAAAUGAUGGCUCGACUCGCAGAAUCCGGCCAGGGACCAAAUCCGCCAACAUGGAAUCUGGCCCGCCGGUGAUACCCCUUUCGCAGAUUAAUUCUCCAUUCCCGCUUCAGGAACACCUCAAAUCCCAUUACUACAAGCUUGCGGCCCAGUACCCUAAACUUAUGGAGAAGUAUGAUGUGCUUAUGGAGGAGUACAAUCAGCAGAAGGACAAAGCAUCUGAUAAGGUGGACCCGAACUACAAUGUGCUUAUGGAGGAGUACGAUGUGCUUCUUGGGGAGUACAAUGAGCGGAAGCGCAACGAAUCUGACAAGGUGGACCCGACGAGCGAGGUUGCGAAAGAGCCGACAAAACCGGAGAGCGUUGCGGAGAAGCUGACAGAACCCCCGGAGGGAGUUGAUGAUGCACAUUGGAUAUACGAACUGUGCCGCUUCUUCACUAUGGAAGCUAAUCGUCUGGUCCAAGGCUUUCUCGACGAGAGCCCACCCUGCUCGGCGCAAACUUGCCCCGAGAUGCGAGUCGUCGAGUGGCAGUAUAUUUGCGCGUUGCAUCCCAAACAAGCUUGCUGCGCGAUUGACUAUUGCUGCCAUACUCUGGAUUGGGCCAUGGACACUCUCACAUCGAAGACCUUAUUCUCCAGCAAAGCUAAGAAGAUAGAAUCCACGGGUGCCAAACUCUUGCCAGAUAUCUUCCGCCGUCUUUAUCGCAUCUUUGCGCACGCAUGGUUCCGGCAUCCUGGUGUUUUUUCGAAGGUACAAAAGCAAGGCGGUCUAUACGUCUUUUUCAAGACCGUUUGUGUUCACUACAAUCUUGUCGGGGAAUAUACAAUUCCCCUUACGGCGGGAGGACCCGAUGAAGUCGCAGCAGCCAAGAAAAGGAAAGACGCCGAGGAAAAGAAGAAAGAAGCCGAGAAGAAAGUAGCUAAGGAAAAAGAAGCCGAGGAAAAACCUGUCAACAGCAACAAUCGCUUCACUAUUCUGCGCAAAGAAGGUGACAACUCAUUCGAUACCACCGUGGAAAAUCAGGACCCGGCGCUUGUCACUAGCGCGACCACCCGUCGUCACAAGCACAGUCCUUCAACAGGAUCUCGUGUUACAACUAUCGCGGAGGAUGCGGAGGAUUCGGAAGAUAUUACGCCAUCGUUACUGCGUGGGCCCCGGAAACAAUCGCCUGAACCGCGGCCUGUUUCUGUUUUGGGAAUACAAACUAGAGCGGAACCUGCUACCACGGAUGAGCCAAUUACUGAUGUGGAAGAAUACGCCGAAGAGCCAGUCGAGGAAUCCCAGGAACAGCCACCGCAAGUACCCCAUGAGCAGCUGUUUGAAACUCCUGGAGACCAGGGAAAGAUCGAGCAGGUUGAGCAAAUUGAGCAGGCUAAAGAAUCGGUCUCUGAAGAGUCGGCUACGAACACAGAACUGCCCAUCGAGAAGUAUACUACGGAAGGCGAUGGAAAUAACACUUGCCGCGAAGAGGCAGCUCCAGCUGAAGAGCCCGAGGCAAAGAUCGAGGCGGCGCAAGAGCCUUCCGUUGCUCCCGAGACCAAAUACGAGCCGGAGAAAGAGGAGUCAUGA